GUGGCACUCGUUUCAGUGUUGGUCCCGUGUGUGGUUUUCCCGUAAGGCGCUGUGACAGGCGCGAAACUUCCUUAGGAAAUCUUAAAAGUAUUUACACAAGAGCCAUGAUUCCUGAGAACUGAACCUCCCUGUCUCGUUCCUGCCUUGAGGUUUUAGAACUGCGCUUCUUAAAAGAGGUUUGAUGCGACUCCCAAGUUCGACCUCGAGUAUGCUGAAGUUCUGCGGAAGGGGGAAGAAACGGGAAAGUGAUGUCACCUCCACGGGGAAUGUGCAGUGAAGGCGAUCAACGGCACGCCCACCGCUCAGCUGACUCUCUCGCACGCCCACGCCCUCACCAAGCAGGGCUCGACGCUUACCCUCGAGAUCGACGACUCAGGCGAAGAGCCCUUUGGUACCUCCUUCCGUUCCACUGUAGUAGCUGCUAAUGGACACAUCUCGUCUGCCAAGCGUAAAGGAGAUAGUGGUAGUUGCAGCGAGCGGCCGACAGAGGUCAGGACCGAGGACUCGACUUCUCACACAGAAAAAUCAGAGGAUUCAGAAACAUCAGUCAUCAUCUUAGAAACGCAUGGCGCUGACCCUAAUAUCUUGAGGAGCGACCCAGAGCAAGGAGCAGCAAGCCACGACGUCACAGACACGGAAGCGUCGCCGCCGAAAGCCGAAAGCGACUGCUCGACGCAAGAGUCGAAGGACGCAGAGAAGAGGUUCAGUCGAGAUUCGGCCGAGACUGACGAAGGCGAUUACGCCGAAAUCGGAUCCCAGACUGACACCUCCACAGACACGCUGGUGUUCGAUGUGUCCCAGAACGACUUAGACGCGACCUACACGGAGGAGAGCUCAAGGGGAGCGAGUGUAGAGUUCGAUCAGGCGACGGGAGCCUACAUUGAAUAUCCGAACGAAGCCUCAGACGACGAAUCUCUCAAGCGAAGCCAGUCUGAGGAGGAUUACAGCUCUUUAGGAGAAAACGAUUCGUUUUUCGUAAACUUCGAGGAGGAGCUCGAGAAGGUAGAGCAGCAAUACCCGGAAUUGGAAGCCAAACACUUGCUCUCGGAAGGAGGUGAGGAGCAGGAGGAAGGUGUUGUGUGGGUGUGCGAGGUGGUAGAAGGGAGUAGUACGUGCUUCACAAUAGCCGAGGAGGUAGAAGAAGAGGAGAAUCCCGUAGCACAAGUCGGAAAACUGGAUUCCACUAUGGGGCAAUAUUAUUCCAGUGCCUCUGGGGGAGACCCCUCCAGAGGCGAUGCCUCCGGAUCCCUACCUUCGUCUCCCCGGUCGUCUGAAGGCUGGAGAAUGUCCAUGGCUUCCACAGCAACAGUGGCUUCAUCCGCCACCGCAAAUUCAGACGAUACUCUCGCCAAAGACAUGUCAGAGCUCUCUUCGAUUAAUUCACGCCUGUCAUAUCUUGAUGAAGCACAGGACGACGUUACGGUCCCAUCGCUAAACCAAAACACAGACCCCGAUAUCGUCCCAAAGGAGACCCCGCAACCCGACCAGACUAGGCAAACAAGCAUCAAAGACGCCAUUGAUGAGCUCGAGAGCAUUGAACAGGCGGCGCAGACGCUGCUGCUGAAGCGACAGUGUAGUGACGACGAGCGUGCCACACCUGUCCCAGGCGACGCAAGUCGCUCAAAGCAAUCAGGUGAGAAAAUAUUUUUCUCAGAUCAACACCUGAAUACUGAAACAUAUGAACUGAAAUCAGGUGACAGCAUGACAGUAGAUUCUACUCAAAAUAUAUACGAAAAUUCCAACAAAUCUGAAAAGUAUGUUGGCGUUGAUAAGCCUGAAAGCUCAUUUUCCCCGGAGAAUGUACACAAGAAUGACAGGUAUACAAAAGAGGAAAAAGUUUCUGUAAUUAUAUCUGAGGACAAGCCUCCUCUGCCUCCGACAGCUGGCAGUCAGCCACCCAAAGUUGAAGUGAAACGUCGCUGGUUUUCACGCUCCAAGGAAAUUCAGCCUUACAUAUCUCGCGAGUCCUAUAACAAUGAUAAGAUAUUCAAGGAACUGGAAAGACUGCGCCGAAGCUUCCAAGAGAGCGAUCUCAAUGAUUUCUUAGACACCCUCGAAAACACUGCCAUUCCGGACGAUAUGGACGAGGCUUUUCUGCGGCAGCUUCUUCUCGACAUCCGCGAGGACGUCGAGGGGCCGCCCCCCUUGGCCGAAGGAGGCGCUCAGUUGACGGAAGACGCCGAAGUCAUCGAGACCGAGGCUGCGACACCAGUACCUGAUACAGAAGCUGUUGCCGAAGAAGCGCCCCGCCAGACGGCCACGGGAAGCAAGUUCGAAAAGGUAAAGGAGAGAAUUAUGGAAAUGAUUAAAGUUCGUAAGAAGGAUAAAGGCAAAGACGGAGAUGACGCUGACGCACUCCACUUGCAGAAGGACGAUUCCUUGUCUAAUGAGCUUCUUAAGGAUGAUUCUAGUCGGUCUGAGACCCCGCAGAUUAGCCGCUCUAUCACUCCACAGUCCCUGCGGCCCGACACCCCAGAUUCUAAAUCAAGCAGACCGCUCACGCCAGAUUCUUCAAAAGGCGACGAAUCAAAGAAAGGCUUCAACAUCGCCGAAUUUCUCAAGAAAGGAUCACCGAAAUAUCUUAGAAAGAAAUACAAGGAACGAAAGAAUCGUAAAUCGGAUGUACUGACAACGUCAGAGAGCGAAAGUGAGGAUGCAGAAGGAUAUAGGAAAGACGUAAAAUACUCAAAUAAUUCGUCUUUAUCACAAAAGAAAACGAUCCUAACUGAUAGUCAGUCAAGCCUUAAGGGGAGCAAUCGAUCUCUCACCGCUUCCCAGGAACUCAAGAAGGAAGUGAGGUUCGAUCUGAACACCGAUACUCAGAAGAAGGGCGGUGAUGAAUCUAAAGACGCGAAAAUAGAAGCAGCAAAACCAAUAAUAGUGGAUGAGAAAACGAAGGAUUCUCCCAGGCUCUCGGGACCACAGAUGAUCACAUGUGAAGCUCAGCAGCAGGAAACAGUCAUCCUCAAGGAAUUCGAAGAGACGACGCAGGAAAUGGAAAAUGACUAUAUCCUUAAUCUUCCCUCGACCGUCGAGGACAUCAACGCGCGAGCCGAGAACUUGCUUCCCAGGCUACCCGAGCGAGCCAAGCCGCCAAGAAGAAGAAAGAAGUUAAUCCCCGCGCCCGUCGAGGAGUUGAGUACUGACGUGCAAUCUGAAACGACCUCCACGACCUCCGUUGAGUCGGUCAAGGAGACCCGCGCCGAAAGCCUGAAGGUCAAUGCAGCGCUCAAGGACGAAUCUCCUCCACCCUUGCCUCCUUAUGACGAGGUGACAGAGCUUGAGACAUGCACUCCCACGUACAUACAGGUUGUUGAAACGACGCGUCAUCCCGAAGACAUUGCAGAAAUAGUGGAAGAAAUAACAGAGAGCAUAGAAAUAACAGAAAGAAGGGUGAAAGCCCCUACUCCUCCAGCAGUCACGACCUCAUCUGCAACAGUUAUCAACGAAAUAAUCAUUCUGAACUCCGAAGCUUCAGCCUCCGUAGCGUCCACGACAGACAGCCGUUCCAGCGAUGGCCUCGUGGACCCGAUACCAGUGACGUCCGUUGCGACGAUAUCCGUUGCACCUGCCCCGGAGACGGCGGUGGUGGUGAUGUACCCGCCAAGGACACUGCCGCUUCCCGUGAUUCAGGAAUCUCUGAACGAGGAUCAAGUGUCCCUUCCGACUCCAAGUGAACCGACAUUGUCCUUCAGUACUGUAACGUCAAGCGCCACGACGCCCUUAGAGGGUGACCACAACGAGUCUUUUUACGAUAAUGCUAAUCCAUUUGCAGAAUUUCAAGAGGAGGAAGAAAAGACUCUCUCACUUCAGCCUGAAACAACUGAAACUAUAGUCGAGUCCGAAUCACCAACGAAAGCCACAAAUGUGGAAACGGAAAAGAAAAUGGAUAUUUCUGAAACAGUCGAACUAACAAAUAAAGAAAAUACAAAUCUAGAAAAGACAGAUUUACAAAAGGAUAUCUUGGACUCACAGAUUAUCGAAGUUACCCCUCAAAUUUCUGAAACCCAGGUCGGAGAAGUAACUACUGAAGUAAUUCCCUGUGAGUCAUUUGAAGAAGUUACUCCUGGAGAGAUGAAGGUAGAUGAUGAGAAAGUGUUUAAAGCAAAGCCUGAAGCAGAGCCUGAAGCAGAGCCUGAAGCAAAGCCUGAAGCAGAGCCUGUAGCAGAGCCUGAAACAUUGCCUGAAACAGUGCCAGAAACAGUGCCUGAAGAAAAGCCAGAAGCAGAGUCUGAAGCCAAGUCAGACGUGAAGCCCGAAGCGAAGCCUGUCACGAAGGCAGAAGACAUCCCCGAAGUAAAGGCAGAAGAAACAGAACGCUUGGUAACAGAGUCGUCUGUGGUAGAAGAAACAACAGAAUCGAAAUCGGAGACUACUGACAAAGCGACUGAAGAUAGAAAAGAUAAGCAGCUAACAGAUUCUCAGCAGGAAGCUUGCAAGAGCCCUGAAUUAGAGAAAAGGGAAAUAGCUGAUAUUGAUGCUCUUGCUGCAUUGACAGCUGAGAUGUUUAAAUUCGCAAAUGAAAAUGAAUCUAGCAAAACGCGAAAGCAGAAGGAGGCAUUUGAAUCAGCAGUCAUAACUGAUAGAUCGGAUGACACAUCUGACACGGCAACUCAGAAGGACACUGCAGUUUCCGAGGCACCUCAAGCACAAACACAGGACACGAGCACUGCCACGGAGACGAAGGAGAUGGUAACCCAGACGGAGCAGGAAGCCUCGCCUCGAGCGAAAUCCGUAAAGGAGAUGGCAAAAAGCAACACGAUUGCCAUUCAGACGGACGCCACUCGUCUGGUGCGCAUGUACGAAGCGGCUUCCCAGACGGACACCGAGUACGAGACGGACGACCUGGAAACCGAGUCGGAAUUAGAGGAGACGGCCUCGGGGCGCUACGACGCCAGCAAGUGGUUGUUCAGACCCACGAACGACGCCAAGGCGAUGGACCCGCAGAUGCAGGAGUUACACAAAGCUCCCGAAGUUCCCCCGCGUCAGUUUCAGCAAAAGAUGCCCAUGCAGGUGGUGGAAGAGCUGAAGAGCGUGCUUGCAGAGAACGGAGAUGACGCCACUCGGCUGAAGAAGACCGCCGACCCUCCCCCCCGAUGGGACUCGGACCUCACGUGGGAGAACGCCUUACAGGAGCUUGGCUUGGACGAGUCGACUCUGCUGAACGAGAUCGAACAGAUUCUCGGCUUCGGUUCGCUCUCGUCCCAGAGUCGAACGGAUUCUCACUCGCAGAACGAGCUCACGUCUCCCCGCCCGGAUCCGGUCGCCAGGGGGCAUAAGUUGGGCAAGUCGAGGAGCGAAGAAGCCCCCCUUGUGCCCGGGAGGGAGUCGAGCAAAGGAGUGUGGUCACCUGGAAGGACAGACGAGAAGGACUCCUCUGGUCCCUCCAAGAUCGAUGUCCCUGACCUUCCGUCGUUUAAGGAUCAACCCACAGUCUGGAGUCCCAGCAGAGGGAAGACACCGCCAGCACGAGGCCCAAACACGAGAGCCGACUACGCAGGAUACUCUCGUCGCGUAACCCGAGACGAUGAAAUAGAUAUUAAGUAUCUCGAAGGUCUUUUCCGUUCACUGUUUUCACCCGACCAAUUCGAGCGAGCUGGCAGCGCGAGCCCGAGUCUGGGCCGAAAAGAGUAUCGGAAGAUCACGUACGAAGGCACCUUGCAGAAGCGGCCAUCGCAGGAGAAUGUCUCAGCCCCGCGCCCCGAGGAAAGUUUUGCCUGGAAGGACAGAGAGAUUGAAAGGACGCUGAAGUCCCCGACUUCUACGCUGCCCAAGGUGCAAAACCCGACGGUCACGCUCCUGCAGAAGAAACGAGAUGACCCGCAUUCGACCUCAGAUGGACAGAUUCCUGGAAAGCGGCCAGAAUACCUGAAGGGCGAUGAUUAUGGUCCUGCUUAUAAACCAGAGGAUAAGUUGUACACCAUUAAGAGAGAGUACGAGUCAGAGGACGAGGAAGGCAGUCGCCGCUUUGCUGUCUUAGGGCCCAAGAAGGUACAUGGUGUUGGCCCAACCACCAACGACGGAGUUCCUACCACACUUAAGUCGGGUGUGAAGUCUGAACACCAAGGAGAGUGGUAUCGCAGGAUGUUUGAUUCUCUACAUAAAGUUAAAGAUGACGAUCACGUCAUCAUCAAAUACAAAUGCCCACGAGCCCGCUACGGGGGCUACAUGUCGGAGCCCGAGGGCUACGACUCGGACGUGGGCUCCUCUCGCUACGCCACCCUCGACCGCCGCCGCAUGCACCACUUCGAUGCCGACCCCAUGAGCUCCAGCCUGCCAAGAGACUACCUCGCAGAUUUGGAUCCUUUCUUCAGGAAUACCAACCGCUACAUCCACCAGCCCGGGCGAAUCGAGGACUACGUGCCAGGCCAUUCCUCACUCUCGGAGAAAGAGCAGAAGAAGAACCCGGAGGCUGAAAUUAAACUCGAGGCCAAGUCUCAGGAGCCCCCGCCGGUGUCCGUCAACCACAGGCUCGGGUCGCAGAAGAUGUCAAUGACCCAUGCCCUGAAGGAGUCUGGAUACGAGAGCGAUAGCACGUUGGUGUUCCGUAAGCGAGAGGACGCUCGCCGUCAGCCCCCCGACCCGAGGAAGACCAGCCAGGUGUACCGUCAGAUCCAGCGCGGCGGCGACAUCCCCCUGACCGGCCUGCAGAAGACAGCUCCCGCGAAGCCGAAAGAACCGCUGAUCGGCCCGCUGCCCUUCCCCUACCUGGCGGGGGCUCAUCAACACGCUCCCAGACGUCCAGAAUCCCCCUACAAGUACGAGUCCGGCGAAGUGAACAUCCACUACCGAACUCCCGUGAGGAUUGAGCAGAAAGAGGCGAUUCCCGAGGAGGAGCUCGCCCGUCGCCAGGAGGAACACAUGAAGAAGGUGUACGAGCAAGAGCGACGCAAGAAGUACCUGGCCGAGCUGGAGGACAUCGAGCGCAGGAGACACACCGACAACUUCACACCCCUUCAGAAAUCUCCUAUUCCCCUAAACCGUUAUGAUGAUGAGAGUAGCCUGGGUACUCUGCGGGGCAACAGAACUCCGGAGCCAAAGCAGGUUGCAAAGGCACUCUACAAUUUCACUGCACAAAACAAGAGAUUGUGCCUUAUGAUCACAUGAAAACCCUGACAAGAAAACCAACUGAAGGACAAGCAAGAGCGAGAUUUAAUUUCCAAGCCCAGACUUCCAUGGAAAUGUCCCUCAGCAAAGGGGAGCUGGUUGUUCUGACCCGCCGAGUUGAUGAAAACUGGUAUGAGGGUCGAAUAGGCGCUCGCAAGGGUAUUUUCCCUGUCUCCUAUGUAGACACCCUGGUGGAGCCAGGUCCUGACAGACCUUUGACUCCCAGCUCCUCGCCCAUGCCGCGGCCCGCUCUGCCUGCCGCUAAUCUGCUCUACAAUGGUGCCUCUUCCUACUCCAGCCCCUACUCUACCUUGGGUCGGCCAGGAAGCCAAAAUGAUUCCAGACCUUAUAACCAAUCCCUCACCGUCAACACUCAGCAAGAGCCCGUUGCAUAUCGAGCACUCUACAACUAUAAGCCCCAGAAUGAUGAUGAGCUUGAGCUUCUGGAAGGAGAUGUGGUGCUAGUGAUGGAGAAGUGCGAUGACGGCUGGUUCGUAGGCACUUCCCGCAGGACUGGUCUCUUUGGCACCUUCCCCGGCAACUACGUGGAAAGGAUCUAAAAGAAAAGGAAGAAGCAAGAGAAUCUGAAAGCAAGGGAUUUUUAUGCCUGAUUCAUUGGUUGAAUUAUCGUUUUGCAUUACCAUUCUGUCUUGUGUGUGGGGGCCUCUGGAAUUAUUCGGUAUGGGAGACCUUUUUUGUUUUUCUUUCUUUUUAAAAAUAUUUUGUAAACUCACCUUUUUAAGUGUGGAAGACCUGAGGGUAAUAUAGGAAAAGUUCCUGGCUUAUUUAGGAUAGUUCAAGACCCCAGUAGAUAUCAGAGAAUUUUUUUAUUUAGACUGGAAAAAGAGAUUCAUACUUUUUGAAAAGUUUUCAGGGUAAUUCUAAAUAUUCCAGGAUCUAAAGUGUGAAAUAGAGGUCCUUGUUACUGAAUACUGAAGGGCAGAAAUUUAUGACUGUUAAUUAUGUACAGUGAGUGAGUGGUUUAUCCAUACAUUGAAUUACUAGUUUAUAGAUAUCAGUGAAAGAAUAUGGCAAGUUUUGCUUACAAGAUCUAAUUUUGUGCCAAUAUAUGAAUGAUGUUGAAAAUUCUGUAACAUCGCAAAAGAUUAUUUUUGUGACAAUUAUUUUCAGCUGCACAGACAAUCUUAUUUUGUUGUUUAUAACUUUGACAGAUCAUGAAUACCAGUGUCCCAUACACAAAUGUGUAUAAAUAUUGUUGUGUGUUAUGAAACCUAUUUCCUUGUCCAAGAAGAAAAUGGGGUAAACUACGUCCAGGUUUUGUGCAUAAGGCCUGUUGGUGCUGAAAUAUACCAUUUUAGCCUUUGCAGUUGUGUAUAUCAGAAAUAACAUAUAUAUAUGUGUCUCAUUUCUUCAUGUGGAUACAAAAGAUAGCUGUCCUUCAGUAUAGAGGCUCAUUCUUGUCAAAAUGUUUGGUAGUGAACACAAUAUGAGAAUCAUUUCAGGUUUUUGCACGUGUCUAGUCACACCCAAAGUGAAUUUAUUAAAAGAAAUUAUGUAGAUGUCUUGUUACCCUCUGCUGGUGCUUUCUUCUGAUGUAAUGAUCUGUUAUGAAAUAAUAAGUAGAAGUUUGUGGAGCAAAAGUGACCUGUUUAAUUUAUGGAGAUUAUUUCAGGAAUAAUGAUUUGCUCUAGAAACUUUGCAUUAUAUGCACGAUUUCCAGAUUUUUUUCUUUUUUUAAUCUAUAAUGUAAUCAGUGCUUUCCUAAUACUACUCCUGUCUUUAUUGCCUCACUUUUCUGUUUCCUUUUUUUCUUUUUACUUAAUUCACCUCAUUUUAGGCAUGAUAGAUAUUGGAGUGAAUAUGAAUAAUUUAAGACAUAAUGCCUUUCUCAAAUGUUAAAAGAUAAUGUUAAAUCUAUGCCUCGUUAGUUGUAACCAUUCUCCAAAUUAGAGUAUAUGAGUAAGUCUGUAAAAAAAAUCAUCUCUGUAAAAAGAUUGGAUACUGUUCUACUAGAAAGGGAUGACAGAGGAUUCAUUUUGGUGGCAAAAGAAUAGCACUUGUUUUGAACAUAGGUGUGUGAAUCACCAACCUUUUUUGAUAUUUAAUGUAAUUUUACAUUUAAGAAAGUCAUUUUUUAUAAUUCCCAUUUUUAUAUUGAGAAGGUUAAACUGCAAAUGGACUCUUGCCUGUGUGUUUAGAUAUUUUCUGUUAUGUCACUGAAAUUCAUCUUAACAUUUCUGUUUUCUGAUGGGAGACAACAAGGCAGUGUGGUCAAAGAGAGUGUGGUCCUUCAUAUAUGACGAAGCAUUUAGGUUCGUACAAACUUUUAUAAGCAGACAUUUUCCAUCCAGGUUAAAGUUAGUAAAAUAGCCUUGCUUACUCAGCCUGUGCUGUGUUUAAGUAAUAAGAAAUCGGCCUGUGCUUCGUCUGUUUUAUAUGAACUCGGCCUGUGCUUCCGUAUUUAUCUUCCUCCUGUUACAGCCAAUAUUUUAUUAUCAUGGUUAAGUGCUGUUAGCAUUUAAGAGUUCUCUAGUUUAGCAAAAAACAAAAAACAAAUUAUCUUUGUAUUUAUUACACCAAAAAUCUAAUUCAGAUUAAUAAAAUGUUUGCUUGUGUUGAUAAAUCUGAUAUGCUCAACAAUUAUGAGUGUCGUGGUAUACUUUACUGAGAGAACUUCACUUCCUCUAGCAGGUGUGUUGUUGCGUUGAAUGAUGAGACUCAUAAUUGCUAAACAUACCAUUUUUUUAAUAAUAGACUUUAGUUUAACAAGGCACACUACACUAAAUAGGUAGAAUGCUGGAAAGCGAAUGAGUUUUGCCUUUACAGAUGUUAUAUUACAAAUUUCAGAGUUGUAAAAUCAAGUGCCUUUUCAUGGUAGAGAAUGUAAUGUUUAGAUCAAAGGAGUUUGCCAGUAGCUGUCUUACCUCACAAUGCAUUAUUUACAUUUUAGCCCUGUGUCCCCUUAAAAAAAUAUAUUAAUAAAAAAGGUUGUCUAAUGUCACCAAUCUGAAUCGC